AUGUGGGCAGGUGCAACUUCUGAUCGGGAGGCCUUUCAAGCUGACCUUCAGGUUCUCUUGGAAUCAGAGGAUGUACGAGUGCUGCCUGGACUGCUUGCGGCUGCACAGGAGCAGCACAAGGCCCAUCAGCGGAAAUGGCAACAGGAGAAAAGUGCAUCAUAUGGUCAUUGGCUCAGGCAGUCGACUCAGAAAGGCAUGCGACCAUUGUUUCGAAGUGUUAAGGCGGAGGAGGUCGUAACUGUUCGGCCCUUUCUUGAUGCCCCUGUGCAAGAACGCAUUGACUUGAGGUGGAGGCAUUGGUUUGAGCUGUGGUCACAUCCGGCCGGGGUCGACCGUGACCUGCUGGCCUCCUUGAAGCACGCUGCGCAGGAGCAAGCCCGGCUUUUGCAUCCGAUUGACUUGGAGCGGGCUGUAAGGUUUUUCAAGAAAGUUCCCGCUAAAGCGCCCGGCCUGGAUGGUUGGACUUGUGAGAUGCUCCGCAACCUUAGUGUUGAAGCUGUUCAGGCCAUUCUUGAAUUUUUCCAUCACUGUGAGCGCGAGGCUUCUUGGCCGGACCAGAUGGUCUUUGCACUUAUAGCCUUGUUGCCUAAGUCUGAAAAGCGUGAACUGCAUAUCCUUUAUCGUGCUUGGGCCAAGUUACGGUGGCCUUUGGUUGCCGCGUGGCAGACUGCUUAUGCUGCUCGUGCACGAUGGGACAAGGCUGUUCCGGGCGGCCAGGCGCUUGACGUAGCACUGGCAAGGCUGAUGUUGGGAGAGUCGGUGCGGCGGAGCAAAUCACAUCUUAUAACAUUGUUCCUGGACAUGGAGACGUUCUACGAUAGGUGUGUGUUUGACGACGUCAUUCGCUCUGGCCUUUCUUUGGCAUACCCGCCACUUGUUUUGCAUCAGGCAUUGCUUACUUACAUGGGGCCCCGUUUUGUGCAAUCUGAAGGUGCGUUGUGCCCUCCCAUUUGGCCGGGGAGGGGAGUCCUUGCUGGUUGCCCAGCGGCGCCGUCGGUAUCAAAAUUCGUCAUCCACCCAGUUGCCGAAAAGCUUGCUUCCAAGAAAAGUGCAUGCAACCUUGACAUUUGGAUUGAUGACUUGUCUCUUGAUUCGGUUAAUAAGUCCCCGUUGCAGGUUGCCAGUGAUUCCCUUUUUCUGUUCAGGGCUCUCCGACGGGAUUUGGAAGCUAGAGGUGCACAAAUAUCAAUUUCAAAAACAUGCUUUGUGGCAUCGUCGACGGAGGCGGCCAAGGCCAUGAGCAAAAUUCUUGAUGCCAAUGACCCUCAGGUCAAAUCGAUGACUAGGGAUCUGGGUGUGACUUCAGCCGGGGGUCGCCGUCGUAUAUUGGGGCUUGCGGAACAGCGCAGGAAAAAGGCGGCCGGCAGGUCGCGGAAACUCAACCGAUUGGCCAUCCCGGGGAGGGCGCACCGUUUGCGCAUUGUCAGGGCCUCUUUGUGCUCAGCUGGCCUCUGGGGCCAUCAGGCACAGGGCGUGAGUCCUAAACGCCGCAAGUUCUACAGAACGCUUAUCGCCAAGCAUCUGGGCAAGCACAAGCUUGGAUCCAUUGAUCUCACCUUUGUUGUCAAUCGACGGCGUUGCGAGGAUCCUCACCUCACCUUGUUGCGUCAGCAUGUUCGUGCUGUGUCUAGGGUUUUUCGCCGUUGGCUUUCGGUUGACCCGGAUAAGUUUAAAUCUACUUGGAUGAGCAUUUGGUUGUGGCUUUCGCCGUCGCCACACCCGUGGAAGCGGGUCAAUGGACCCAUGGCGGCCUUGAUGGCUUAUAUGCUUGAGCUUGGUGUGCAGUCGCCGCAAGCCCACUUGUGGAGCCGUGGCGACAGCCAGCUUUGCAUUGAUUGGUCUAGUCCGGAUGCAACUCGUCGUGUGUGGCACUGGCUCCUUCCUAUCUGGGAGGAUUCGCGUCUGCAGCGAGUGUCCCAGUUUGAGGGUUGUGCUGCACUUAGGUCUGGGGUUGACCUCACUGUGCCAGAUCGGUUGCAAAAAAGGAAAUUCUUUAACAAAAACAUGUUGGUGAACCUGCAGGCGCUGUGGCAGGGUGCCCUGAUUGGUCAGUCUAAGCCGGGCUGGUGCAAGCUUUGUGGAUGCCAGCUUUCUUUACAACAUGUCUUGUGGGACUGUCCCUUUAUCGCUGAGCGCUUCCCUGAGCCGGUUCACUUUCGGGCUGCCCAGCAAACGUCUGCUUGUGUGUCUUGGGCCAUUGGCGCCUAUGAGCUUCGACCUGAGGGGCCGGCUCGUGUGGCCAGCAUCACUUGUUACCCGGACCAGCCCUUGUCUGUUGCGGGGGCGGAACAGCAGGCGGCUUUCGAACUCCUUGGCCGUGCCUCAGGUGACCUGGACAUCACAGUCGACUGCAAGGCUGUUCUUCAUGUCUUGGAGAAAUCCUCCCCACCCUUAGAUGAUAAGGGCCUUCCAGAGUGGCGUCGAGUGAUCAAUGAGGACGUUGAUUCGUUGUGUGGCAAGCGGGCUGCUCAGGUGUACCGGGUGGCAUCCAAGCCGGACGUUGAUUCGUUGUGUGGCAAGCGGGCUGCUCAGGUGUACCGGGUGGCAUCCAAGCCGGAAUUGCACAGCCUGGAUGAAUUAUGGGAGGAAGUGCUGCGUGCAAAGGCCUAG